AACAUAUCUGUUGUUGGACCUCCCAGUGGAGAAGCCCUAGCACGUAAGAAAAUUGACCUUACACAUUGCCUUGAUGGCACAGAAGCUAAUAGCAAGGAAGUGGAAGUUUCCUGUACCCCCCAAGACAGAGGACCUACUUGGGAAUUGCACAAGCAAUUGAUACCAGAGACUUCAUAUAAGACCCUCUUCCACACUCUACCGAAAAACAUGGGAACUCUGGCACACAUGGAGAUCUGGUAA